GAAGCCGAACAGUGUUGGAAUCUAGACAGCUCUGCCCUUCCUUUUCUGAACGGCCAGUUCGUAUGUUCCCAUUGGAGAUCGAAGGAUCAUUGUCUCGAGCUGUUCUCGCGAAGCUGAGUCUUAACUCUAUGGCAUACAACAGAUACGACGGCGUGUUGAGGAGUCGCUCCAAGAGUAAGCCAGGGUCGAGAAGGGCGAACUCCAAGUUCAUCGUUCGAGAUGACGGCGAUGAGUGCAACUAUGCCGCCGUCAUCAGGCGGAUGUUGCACGAGUUGGAGCAGGUCGCCGUCAUAGAACUUCAUUGCAUCAAUUUGGACACUCUUUUUAAGUCGAGAAUGUUCUCCCUCGUUAGAGAAGCGUGUAGAGACGAUGGAGUUUUCUUCGUGACUGGUCAUGGCAUGCCACCUUCUCUUCUCGACGACAUGCAGCGAAUGGCUUCAAUAUUUUUUUCGUUGCCCAGGGACGCGAGAGAGCAAUGUUUGGCGUCCGUUGUCUCGGCACACCAUACGAGAUACGAUGAAGAUGGGAAUGCUACCGAGGAAAGUUUCCGCAUAGACAACGAACCCUCGGAGCUCUCCGACAUCGAUUGGCCCACUGAGCCAGCAGUAUUCAGCAAGGUCAUGGCCCGGUACUUGGUGGAGCACGAACAUCUGGCUGGAAGGAUUAUGCAGCUUGUUAGCAUAUCGUUAGGACUUUCAGACAGUGCAAUCAUCAGUGCAUGCUUUGAACCAUUUUUCUCGAUGACUAUACAUCACCAUACGCAAUAUGCCGAUGCGAAUACUGGACAAGGUGUGCAGAAUGGUUCUAAGCACUCCGGGGUAGUCACUAUUACAUUGCCAGAUGACAAAGGAGGACUCCAAAUUUGGAACGAAGGUCGUUGGAAGACUAUAAGGCCAUGCAAAGGAGCUGUUCUGAUAAGUGUGGGAGAUCAACUUGAGAUUCUGACUGAGGGAAUUUGUAAGAGCAACAUGCAUAGGGUUGUGCCAAGUAAGGGCUCCGGGCAGAUAUUUAUCGACGUGCAUUACUGUACGUCACCAGAUUCCCUCAUGGACCAGGAAAGAAUUGCUCCUGGACCUUCACAUAUACUGGAAAAUAACACGGCUCAACCUUCACAGAGAGUGGAAUCUUAGAACUCAUGGUUAGAAUACGGACUCUUGAUAUAUGAACAGCGAAGCGAUCUUAUUUGGUAUAGAUCUGUAUAUGAACGCUAAUUAAGCAUUGAUCCAUAGGUAACUUGAUAUUUCUGAGGGAUAUCUAACAAGGAUAUGUCUAGAGAAAAGGAAAAGUCGAAACUCCUUGUCACGUAGAGUUAUUCUAGUGAAAGGAUGUACAUAGUGAGCCAUGAAAGCUGGUAUCGACGAUUGCCUCUAGCCACAACAACAUACGUUGAUCUUGGAUCCUAUUAGGUUAGAUAGAGUUGCUACUGAACCUAGUGAUCGAGGAGCAGAUUGGAUUGGAAGCUUAACUAGCAGGAUAUAGAUUUUUUUAAUUGAGCUUGUGAGAAUGUGACCAUAUCAAAA